AUGUUGGAUUACCAGACCAGGAAGAGAGUGGACGACGCUGACUCUCUCACUGAAUGCAUUCAGGACGCUGCAAAGAAAACGUUCCCGGUUUUAGCACCGAGGAAGAAGUAUCUGCGGACGAUAUCCACGUUCAAUUCUUUGUGUGUUGCCCGCAUCACUGUUGACUUCAACCGGGAGAAGCGUCUGAGAAGGAGGUUGCGUCGUCAACUGAAACGUGAUCAUGAGAACGAAUGGACGUCAAGAGCGAAAGAGUUUGAGAAGGUGUGGGAGGACAAAAACCCGAGAAAAGCCUAUACUGUGCUAAGGCAGUAUAGCGGCAAGAUGAAGAGGUAUCUGCCUGUCCUGAACACAGCCAACGGAGUCGCUGUGGGGGAGGCAACCUUGCCCAGCUGGAGGGAGCAUUUUAACAAUUUGCUGAACCGACAAAUCUGA